AUGCCCUCAAGACCUAAACCACCCCCCGAAUCCGAAAUCGAAGAGUCCUUCCUCAAGGGGUCAGGCCCGGGUGGUCAGAAAAUCAACAAAACCAACUCGGCCGUCCAGAUAAAACACCUCCCAACCAACAUCGUAAUCAAGUGCCAAGCCACCCGCUCCCGCUCCCAAAACCGCAAGAUAGCCCGCGACAUCCUCGCCGAGCGCCUCGACGAGCUCUACAACGGUUCCCAGUCCCGGGUCGCCAUCGUCGGCAGCGUCAAGAAGAAAAGGGCCGACAGUGCCGCAAAGAAAUCCCGAAGAAAACACAGGAAACUGGCUGAGGAAAAGGCCAGGGCUGCCGGGUUGACUUUGCCAGAGACAAAACAGGUUCAAGAGGGAGAGGAAGUGGACGAGGAGGAGUUCGAGUGGGAGGUUGUGGAUGAGGAAUAUCACGACGAGUCCAACGAAAUAGAGACACCUGGCACCAAGUCGGAGACGGUAAAAGUCGACGGCAACGGUCAUGAUCUAAAAGAACCACCUGUGGACAGACAAGCAGUCAUACAAAAUAAACAAGACAAUCCAUAA